AUGGACAGAAGUUGGAUGUUUGUUAGAGAUAGGUUUCACAACCCUGACUUCACCAAUGGUUUAAAAACAUUUCUGAAUGCUGUGAAACAACACCUAGAUCAUGAAAAUAAGACGUGUUGCCCCUGUGUUAAAUGUCAAAAUGCCUUGCCAUGUCUUUCUCUACCCGAGAUAUGCAAACAUAUACUUGUAAAUGGGUUUGCACAAAAUUACACGACAUGGACUGAGUACGGGGAAGAUUUUGUUGAUGUCGCAGAUGAUCAAAUGUAUGAAGAUUUUGAAAGUGACAGCGAGGAUGAUGAUGAUGACAAUGCUAUAAUGUUGGACAUAUUAAAUGAUGUGCAAGGGGCUAUAAGUAUGGAGACAGAUGAUGAGAACGAUAUUCAUGUUAACAAAUAUGAUUAUUUGUUUAAUGAAGCUCAACGAGAACUGUACCUGGGCUGUACAAAGUUCUCUACAUUAUCUUUUAUUAUAAAAUUAAUGCAUAUCAAGAUAGAUGGCCGUUGGAGCAAUAAAAGUUUUAAAAAUCUACUAAAAUUGUUAAAUGACUCAUAUCCAAAAGGUACAUCCAUACCAACAUCGAACUAUGAAGCCAAAAAUAUGUUGUUGGAAUUGGGUUUGGGGUAUGAAUCCAUACAUGCAUGCAUGUAUGACUGUGCACUAUUUUAUGGGAAAGAGAAUAAGAAACUGGAUGAAUGUCCAGUGUGCAAGGAGUCGAGAUACAAGUCUUGUGAUGGCAAACGCAAGAAAGUUCCACAAAAAGUCUUGCGUUAUUUUCCAUUGAAGCCGAGACUUUGGUGGUUGUAUAUGUCGAGACAUACAGCGACUAAAAUGAAAUGGCAUAAAAGAAGAAGACAAAAUGAAGAGGGUUUCCUACGACAUCCAGCUAAUUCUGCCGAAUGGAAACACUUUGAUCAGGAGUAUCCAGACUUUGCUGCGGAUUAUUGA